AGGGGAGCAGAGCCACUAAAAAGUGGUGGAGAGGAGCCUGCUCUGGACUUCUCUGGCUCCCCCAAAUGCUGGGGACCAACUCCCCCUGGGUUGAAGGAGACGAGUGCGGAGCCACCUGGGAAGAACACUUCACGAGCGAAGGCUUGAAAAGGUCUUGGGUCCUUACUGCUUACUGAGAGUCUGGGGCUCGGCUCAGCCCUGGGACAAGAGGUGAGAUGGAAGCUGAAUGCCUUAGGAAGAGUUCCCCCAAACCAUCAGGUACUGCACGUGGGCUCCUGCUGUGAGCCAGAGCCCUGGGUUACCAAGCCCCAGGGAUGGGUGGUGGAGACAGAACAAAGGGUAUCCACACACACCCCCACCGCAGGUUUGGACCAGGCCCCAGUAAAAAUGCCCGCCGCCUGAGCUUCAGACCAUGUAUUCGUACAGCUGCCUGGCAUCCGGGGAGGGCGCCUGGCCUCCGCUGCAGCCCCUAACCUACACCUACCUGCCCGGCUCUCUGCUGCUGCUCCCCAUCCACGCCCACAGCUUCUGCAGUCGGCCCCCCAGCCUCACCGCGGGCGAGUGGCCGGCUCCGCGGGAAUACCACUGCUUCCAUGGCUCAGGCGCGCCCCUGGCGGCAGCACUGCCCUCGUGGGCCUUCCCGCAGGCCUACGCCGCGGCCCUGUACCCGCCUUUCCCGGCGCCCGGCUACCUGGGGCCAUCGCUACAAGGGCCCGCGGCAGAAGGGACGGCGGCUGCUCACCGCGGGGCGCCGUGGCCCGAGGGCGGCACCCUGCAGACCGAGCUGCGCUGGGGCCACGUGCACCGCGCGCACGGCCCGCGCCUCGAGCUGCCGGACGUGGUGCGCCGGGAGCUGCGGCGUGUGUACGGCACGUACCCGCGCACCGACGUGCGCGUCACCUACCGCGGCGGCCAGUUCCUGCUUCAGGGCGCGCCGCACGUCCCGGAACCCGAGUACCGUGUGCAGAGGCGUGUGCUGCGGCCGCCUGCCAGCAGCGACAGCGGCGACAGCAGCCCGGCCACGGAAGCGGCGGAGCGUGGCCGCCGGAGGAAGAGGAAAGGCCCGAGCUGAGGACGCCGCAGGGCCCGGCGGCCGGCCCGGCCUGCACGCCGCCCACCUGCUGCACUUCUCUGAUUUCUCUCGCGUUAUUGCUGGAUAGCGGGGGAAGGGCGAGAAGAGAUCAAGAACAUCUCCGGGUGGAUGUCCUGUUUCUCUUCCCUCCCACUCGGCCUUGGGAAACCUGGGUGUGCGGCGGGAAGAAGGGCGUGGACCCUUUGUUUCGUCUCUCCCUCCUCUUCCCGAUCUUAGAAGACUGCCCUGCACCAAGCCCCUACUUUCCCUUUUUCCUCUCCUUCGUUUAACAGAGCUUCCCGAAUUGCCCAAGUUCCUCCCCAAGCCCAGGGCCCACCUAUCCGCAGGUUGUAGUAAAAAGUAAAUAAAUGAGUGAAGUCAAGUGUA